AAAAUGGGCCGCCGACCAGCUCGUUGUUAUCGGUAUUGUAAGAAUAAACCGUAUCCAAAAUCACGUUUCUGUCGUGGUGUCCCAGAUGCAAAGAUUCGUAUCUUUGAUUUGGGCCGUAAAAAAGCACGUGUUGAUGAAUUCCCGUUAUGCGUUCAUCUGAUUUCAAAUGAAUUUGAACAAAUUUCAAGCGAAGCAAUGGAAGCUGCUCGUAUUUGCGCCAACAAAUACCUGGUAAAAACGUGCGGUAAAGAUGCUUUUCAUGUUCGUAUGCGUGCUCAUCCGUUUCAUGUAUUACGGAUUAAUAAAAUGUUAUCAUGUGCCGGUGCUGAUCGACUUCAGACCGGUAUGCGUGGUGCAUUUGGCAAACCAUUAGGAACGGUCGCUCGUGUACACAUUGGCCAAGUGAUCAUAUCGGUUCGAGCCAAAGAACAGCAUAAAGAGAAUGUUAUCGAAGCACUUCGUCGUGCCAAAUUCAAGUUCCCUGGUCGACAAAAGAUUGCCAUCUCACGAAAAUGGGGAUUCACCAAAUGGGACCUGAAAGAUUAUGAACAGAUGCGUUCCGAUGGCCGAUUGAUUCCGAAUGGUGUUACAUGUUAUUACAAACCGAAUCAUGGCCCAUUUUCUGAAUGGGUUAAAGUUCAGGAACAAUUACACGGAGUGAAUUGAUUUUUUUAAAUUAAAAAGCAAAUAAAUGAAUGAUUUUUUAAAAUUUAA